AUGGCGCCCAAGAAGAACCAAGAAUCAAUGAAGCAGAAAAGCCUCAUGAGCUUCUUCUCAAAGCCAUCUGGGAACAAGAGCGGCGAGGACAAUGCCAAGGUGCCCAGUAUGAAGCCAGCAGCGAAGUCGAGACCCCCAGCCCCGCGUUCUUCGAGCCCACCUGCAGAUUCUGACUACGGCAACCGCACCCCUGCGUCAAAGGGGUCAUCUGCGAUUAUCGUUGACGCGAGUUAUACGCGUUCUUCUGAUGGAGGCAGCAGCUUCAAGGACACGCCGCCUACCAGUGACCCUGUCGACGUGGAUAUGAAAGACAUAGAGGCAGAACCCCCGAAGACGAACCGCAAAAAACGCAAGAUAGUCAUUGACGAUUCAGAUGACAGUAUGCAGGAGCUAGACAGUGUUGCGUAUAAGAAGGGUCUAUCAGCAUAUAAGCCAUCUCCUAUGCCCCGGAAGUCGUCCUCUAAGAGUCAAGUGAAGAAAGCUCGCGUCUCUGCAACUCCUUCUGCCGACGAGGGUCUAGAUGACGAUGCAGAAGAGGAUGAUGAGGUUGUCUCGUCUUUCUCGGCUAAGCUGACCAAGUUCAAGAAAUCACCAAAGAAGCAAACUCGCAAGUCUCGCUCGGAAGAUGACGACUUCAUUGUGCCCUCUGAUGAGCCACUUUCUGACGAAGAACCAGCUCGCUCCUCUUCUCGUUCUUCGGGUCGUUCAUCUCGGCUCUCUAUGAUUACUUCCGAUGAAGAAGACGGCAAUGACGAAGCACCGGCCAAGUCGUCUAACAAGUCAGCCAAGCAAAAGCAAAAGCGGCCACCUCUGAAGAAAACUUCAGCGUCCAAUAGCAAUGCGAAUGCGAACAGCUUUCUCACUGCGGCCGAACAAAGGGAACAGGACAAGCAGAUUGAGAAGAAAUCACAAGAAGAUCCAUUCGCCUUUUUGGUUGACCCACGCGACAAAGAUAAAGUUAGACCGGAUGAGCCUGGGUACGAUCCACGAACGCUGUAUAUCCCACGGAGCGCUUGGGAUUCUUUCACUCCAUUCGAGAAACAAUUCUGGGAAAUCAAGCAGAAUCAUUAUGAUACCCUCUACGAAGAGGAUGCUCGUAUUGGACAUCGCGAGUUCGACCUCAAACUCACUCAACGUGUCAAGAUGUCCAUGGUUGGUGUCCCGGAAAGCGCCUUCAACUUUUGGGCUGCAAAAUUCCUUGCGAAAGGCUUCAAAGUGGGUCGGGUGGAUCAGGCGGAGACAGCCUUGGGCGCGGAGAUGCGUGUCGCGGCUAACAAGGGUAAGGGGAAAUCCAGCGCUGCAGAUAAGCAAAAGGAAAAGAUCGUCAGGCGAGAGCUCAAUAAAGUAUACACGAAUGGUACACUUGUCGACGAAGAUCUCCUUACGGACGAGCAAGCUGGUCAUUGCGUCUCCAUCCGGGAGUUCGACGAAGACGAGAGGGGAGUCGAUAGCGCAAACUUUGGUAUCUGCGUGCUAGACAGUGCGACGAGUGAGUUCAACUUGAGCGCAUUCGAAGAUGACGUUUGUAAGACGAGGUUGGAGACGUUGCUGCGGCAGCUGAGGCCGAAGGAGAUUUUAUUCACGAAGGGCAACUUGUCAGUAUCCACGACACGGUUGCUCAAGACUGUCCUUCCUGUGACGUGCCUUUGGACUAGCUUGCGAGACGUCGAAGGGUUUAGCUAUGACAAGACACUAGACGAACUAAAGUUACUUUACCCUGCCGAUGAUGGGGUAGAUGAGGAUCCAGAAGAGGAAGGACUCAGUGGUGUGCCAGACGCCAUCAGAAGCAUGCUUAGCUGUCGAACGGCUAUCGAAGCACUUGGGUCGAUGAUAUGGUACCUUCGCCAACUGAAUAUCGACAAGGACAUACUUACGAUGAGAAAUUUCAACAUCUAUGAUCCGAUGAAAAAAGGCCAGGGCUUAGUGCUCGAUGGACAAACGCUGGCUCAUAUCGAGGUGUUGUUAAACAAUGAGGGCACGGAGGAGGGGUCCUUGCUACAGUUACUCGGCAGAUGCAUCACGCCUUUUGGUAAGAGGUUGUUCCGAAUCUGGUUGUGUAUGCCGUUGCGAGAGGUGACAGAUAUCAAUGCUCGACUUGAUGCUGUGGAAAUCUUGAUGGGAAAUCUUCAGUUCGAAUCCGAAUUCACAGCAGUUGCGAAGGGUCUCCCCGAUCUUGAACGCAUAGUCUCGCGUAUUCAUGCUAGAAAUUGCAGAGUCAAGGACUUUGUGAACGUCCUCAAGGCGUUUGGAAGGCUCAGCAAUGGGCUGAGUACCCUAGCGCAGUCGGCAGAGUGUUUCGAGUCUAAAACAAUUUUGGGACUCCUGAGGUCCGCACCUGAUUUGACACCCAACAUCGAGAACGUGCAAACGAUGUAUAAGCAAGAAAAAGAUUCGGAUGAUCUCAUACCAGUUGAGGGCAAAGACGAGGCGUACGAUGAAAUCAUAGCAGAGAUUAAACAAUUGGAGCAACAGUUAGAGAAGGACUUGAAAAAGUUGCAGAAGGAGGUCGGUUGCCCGUUAACAUACUGGCAUAGUGCUACGGGAACCAAGGCUGUAGCGCGGUACACCGUCCCCUCCCUUGCCACAAAUAUCCGAAGCCUCAAAGAAGCGCGUGAAACCCGCAAUGCCGCAAUCAAAAACUUCAAGUUUAGGCUUUUCGACGAGUUUGAUCAGGAUCGUAGUGUCUGGCUACGAGCGAUCCGUGUGCUCGCAGAACUCGAUUGCCUGUUCAGUUUGGCCAAGGCUUCCAAUGCGCUCGGCGAGCCGGCUUGCAGGCCUGAGCUUGUUGAAGGAGAUACCGCCUGGGUAGAGUUCGAGCAGUUAAGGCACCCAGCUUUGGCAGUGAAGACGAAGAACGAUUUCAUUCCAAAUGAUGUCCGACUCGGUGGUGAUGCAGGAAGAAUCGCAUUGUUGACCGGUAUAGGCAAGUCUACUGUCAUGCGCAUGACAGCCGCCGGUGUUAUCAUGGCACAGCUAGGGAUGUUCGUUCCAGCGGAGAAAGCGCGCCUUUGCCCAGUUGACUCAAUUCUCACUCGAAUGGGUGCAUACGAUAACAUGUUCUCCAACGCCAGCACGUUCAAGGUUGAACUAGAUGAGUGUUGCAAGAUCCUUCGUGAUGCGACUCCGAAGUCUCUGGUUGUCUUGGAUGAAUUGGGACGAGGCACGUCGACCUAUGACGGGAUGGCAAUCGCAGGGGCUGUUCUGCACCAACUGGCAACGCAUACACUUUCGCUGACCUUUUUUGCCACACACUAUGGCUCCCUCACGGACGACUUUUCUUAUCACCCUAACAUCAGGACCAUGCACAUGGAGACGAUGGUAGAUGAUGAGAAACGGGAGCUGGUCUUCCUGUACAAGCUCAUCGAAGGCGUCGCGUCGGGGUCCUUCGGUACCCAUGUCGCCAACCUCGCUGGCGUGCCUGCGGACGUCGUCCAACGCGCCGAAACCGUCUCGAAGGACUUCGCACGUCAGUUCAAAGAAAAGGUGGAGGGAAAACGGAAGAAAGCUGCCACCGCGCGAUUGCCCUUGGUUUCCCAGGCCGACUUCGCUUACCUCCACGGUUUGGCGACGGGCAGGCUAGAGUUGGAUCAAAACCCUGUCAGGCAGCGAGAGGUGCUCAAGGGUUUGAAGGCCGCUGUCUUGAGAGCCUUGCAGGAAGUGUGAAAGGAUCGGUACUGAUGGAUGUUUUCGCUCGCUCGCAAUGCUUUCCGAAUGUCGCUAAUGCUUUGGCUGUUACACCUUGCUCUGGACCUUUAUUUCGGCUGUUCAACCCUAUGCUGCUUCAUACUGUACCUUGCUUUGACAACUCACUUUUCGUCUUAACCGAUACUGACAACAAACGGUCGUUACGAGUAC